AUGGCGUCCAAAACAGCCUUAAAACGUAGCUACGCCGACCGUGCAUCAUCACAUACAAAUCCAUUAUCGAAGCGUCUGCUCACAUUAAUGGACGACAAGAGGACAAACCUCUGCAUUGCUGCUGAUGUGACGACCAAAAAGGAAUUGCUGCAGCUUGCUGAUGCUGCAGGACCAGGAAUAUGUAUUUUAAAGACACACAUUGACAUCAUACAAGACUUUGACGCAUCCCUAAUAACGGAACUAACGGAAUUGGCUACGAAACAUAAUUUCCUGAUAUUUGAGGAUCGCAAGUUUGCUGAUAUUGGAAACACAUCCCACCUACAAUUCACAUCAGGCAUCUACCGCAUCUCCCAAUGGGCACACCUCAUAACAGCCCACGCCGUCCCCGGUCCAGGAAUCCUCACGGGCCUCUCCCAAUCCAACUCUACAACCGGCUGUCUCCUCCUCGCUGAAAUGUCACCAGUAGGAACACUCGCAACGGGCCACUAUACGCGUCAGGCGAUAGCCAUGGCACAUAAAUUCCCAGAUUUCGUGGUUGGGUUUAUCGCAAUGUCGAGAUAUGAUGGUAUUAUUGAGGAACUGAAGGCCAGUAAGGAGGUGGAAGAGAACGUCGGAUCGGAUUUCCUGUAUAUGACGCCCGGAGUGGAUUUGGCUGCUGGCGGAGAUAAGAUGGGACAGGUGUACAAGACGCCUAGGAAUGUUAUUGUGGAGAGGGGGAGUGAUGUUAUUAUUGUUGGUAGGGGAAUUUAUGCUGGCGCGGGAGGUGGGAUGGCGGAUGUGGAGACGAUUGGGAAGAGAGUGGAGCAGUUUAGGAAGGCCGGUUGGGAUGCGUAUGUUGAGAGGACUGCUUCUUUGUAA